AUGUGCGCCAAGUCGGCGCAGCCGGUCGCCUCGGCGGGCCCCCGAUCCGUGCUGGGCAGGGUGUCGCGCUGCGUCGUCGCGCUCAUGUUCUGCUUCUCCAACACGUUCCGCCGCGGCGCCGCCGCCGGCGGGCUGGACGGGGGCGGCGACCGGCGCGGGGGCGGCAGCCAGCGCGAGUCGCAGGCGGCGCUGACGGAGGCGGAGGAGCGGCCCCCCAGCUGCGGGGGUGGCGACUCCCCGCGCAGCGACGCCAGCGGCCGCAGCGCCCCCCCGUCGACGCCGCCCCCGCGGGCGUCGUCCUCGGCUUGCGGCGGCGACGACGACGACGACGAAGGCGACGACGCCGGGGCGUCCCCGUCGUGCUCGUCGUCCGAAUCCCGGUCUCCGUCGCCGCCGCUGUCUCCGGUCGCGCAGACGACGCUGCCGCCGCCCCUUAUGAAGGUGGCGUCGAGUCCCGCGCUAGCCGGAGCCGCGCCGAGCGCAGCGGCCGCCGGUCCGCGGUUCAAGUUGGUGCGCGAGGGCGACCUGCAGGUGUGCUACCUCAACCACACGCGCACCGUCAUCAGCAAGAUCCUCAGCUCCAAGUUCCUGCGUCGCUGGGAGACGCACCACCUGUACCUCAACGACUCGUGCAUCACUUCCAAAACGCCGACGGGCUUCAUGGAGACGUCCGUGCCGUACUCCAGCAUGGAAGAGGUGUACGUGGUGGCUCGCUGGGACGCCGGCCACAAGUUCUGCAUCCGCAUCGUGGUCGCCGACGGCUCUUUGCUGUUGCAGGCGAACAACGCGUACACUCGUGACCAGUGGUUGCAUUCCAUACUGUGGAAGAAAAACAUGUUCAAAUAUCGGAACAUUCUGAAGAAAUCCACGCGACCCGAAGUUAUCCUCAAGGAGCUGAAGGCCCUGGUGGACUUCACGAUCAACACUCCGCUACAGGACGAAUGUGUCACCGGCGUGCCUAUCGAAAUCGCGUCCCGCCUCAUCGAACAGGACGAAGAGUCGUGGCAGUCGCGGUCGGGCCGCGAGGCGCUGCUGUCGACGCUGUCGCCGCUGCUGGAGAACGCGCCGCCGCCGGCGCAGCUGUGCCGCUUCUUCUCGCAGCACUGCGACCUGCACCCCCGCUCGCCCGCCGUCUCCGACCACCUCACGCCCGUCGUCCGCCGCAUCCUCAAACACAACGUGGAUUUCGGUAAAUCUCCACAUAUGAGGAAGCUCGUACAGGACUACCUCCGCGCGCUGUAUUCGCAGAACGCCUGUGAAGAUGCCAUCAACAGGUUUGUUGCCAGUGUACAUGGGGCAAAUUCUGGCUGCCCACAUCCUCGUGUGCUGCCUAAUCUUGUAUCCGUGUGCCUGGCUGCAGUUUUUGCCCACUUUGAGGCUCGCCGUAAUGGUGUACCACAACCAGCUGAUGAUCAACAACUUACCUGCUGCCUUGCCAUCUUUCUCGCUGUCUCUGAAUAUGAUGACUGGAGGCCUGGUCUGGCACAACUAUUGCAGCCCAUCCCUUUCCCUGAAGAUGCCUUGAGAUGUGAACCAUUCACCAGGAAUUUCAUGCCGGUCAUCAAGAGGAUUGGAACAGAUACCCGAUGUGAAGUUCAUCAAAUGGUUCUUGGAAUUCGAGAGGGGAAAGAGGGCUGGUUUCAUAUCUAUUGCCCUUCAAACACAGUCUGUACUGAUGAAGGCGAGCUAUGGUGCCUCAUGUUGCAGACAUUGCUCCAGUGCUGCUGCCGUCGAAAAAGGUUUAUUUCACAAUUAGCGAAGCAACUGGAAGCAUGCCUGCUUUUGGCCUUGCGUGACCAGGGCCCUGCCCAGGAGGCACUUUGCCUUAUGCUUGAGUGGCAGCUGUUGGAAACUGAAGACCAAAGGAUGCAAGCCGUCACAACUUUGCAGAGUACUGCCUCAGGUCGACAGCACUAUGCUGCUCUUUGUCAGCGCCAAAAACAUUUGAGAGAAUUGCAACAAAAAGGUGGACCAAGGAAGCUAACAUUACCAAGCAGGUCAACGGACGCUGACAUUGCUCAGCUGUUGAGCUGUGGCUCAUUCGGAAACCUUGAAUGCCUAAGUUUGGCAUUUACACAUGUGACAAGUGCCUGUGCUGAACAGCUAAUCAAGCUGCCAGCCCUCAGAUACCUCAACCUCUGGGCCACACAGUUUGGUGACUCAGGUCUGCUGAUGAUAUCAGAACAUUUACACAAAUUACAAGUACUAAACCUCUGUGAGACCCAAGUAUCAGACAAAGGAAUAUCUGCUCUUUGCUCCAUGACAAAUCUCCGUAAACUAAAUCUGAACAGCACCAAGCUCAGUGCACAGACUUUUGAGAGAUUAAAACAGAAGCUACCAGCUUUGCAAGAAUUUGAUGUGCGUUACACAGAAGCUUGGUAAUGGAGUGAUUGCCUUAAGAGACUGUAUAAAUUUGUAAAAAUAAACAUAAAAUAAAAAGCCAAAGUUAAAUAUAGAUUAAAAUUAGAGAUGGUGAACGAAGAACUGUGUUCAUUCUUUUUAUCAUGAAUUAGGUUUUGAUACUUUAAUAAUCUAUGUGACAUGUACAUUGCAUUCGUAAGCAAAUAUAUAGGCCAAAAAGUAAUGUCUGCAGUUAGAGAGUGGUAUAACAUGCUCUAUAUGAAGAAUUUUUGGAUAAGAGGAACAGUGAGCACUUAGUUUAGCUACAAAUGGAUCAGAAACCACAUUUAUUUAAAUGAGUGCAUAAAUUCAUAAAAUAAUUUAUUUAAUUAUUAUCACAUAUUUAUACUGAGUUCAGAAAUUGCAACAGUACUAGAGGCCUAGGGUAAUAUGAUUCUAGCUUGACUGUCAGUUUGAUAAGCCUGAGUAGUUUAUAAAUGAAGUGUUUUGUACACAGAGAAUUUUGUUACAUAAGAAAUUAUGAAAACUUUAUUGUUCUGUCUUAAAUAUCUGUGAUGUUUAAGCCCUACUCUACAAACAGCACGACAACAGAGUAAGAGAUUUUUAUUUAUUUUUGUAUGUUUUGUACUUCCCAGUUCAGAUAAAAUAAACCAAACAAAUACUGAGAAAGGAA